AAAAAAAAGAAAACAAUGUAAUAACAAUAACAAGCACUAAACGAAAGCAAAAACUAAAACCGAAGCAGAAACACACAACAUUGCUACAAAUAUAUAUAUGUAUGUUAUACUUUACCUUUAUUUGGUAUUAUAAUUAGUAAAUAUUCUUUUAAUAUGACAACCAUUUAGCUAACCUAAACUUAUACGCUAACAAUUUUUAAUACAUUUGUAUGUGUACACCAAAAUAUUUUUUAAUUAUAGUUGUGUAUUGAUGUUAUUUGCAUUGCUGUCCGACAAUGUUCUUUUGUACAAAUGGUGUUAUGAAAGGUCGAGUGUGAAAAAUUGUGAAUAAACUAAAAAGUUAAAUAAUAACAAGAUUUCUAAAAUAACAAAUUUCAUGUGAUAUGCGCUUAUCACAAACCAGAUCGAAAAGGGUUAAAAGGGCAUCACGGCUCCAGACUAUGUAUAUACGGUGAAUUUAUUCCCUUAUAAAAACCGUUGGAGGUUCAGAAACGUUUUAGACACAAAAGCCGUUGCAAGUUGUAAAUAAGCUUAAGCGCGCCUAUUAACGUGAAUUUUCCCCAAGUAACAGUUUAGAAACGCAAAUAUGUAUCAAGGAAGUUGUGUAAAUCUGUUGGAGCAGCCUUUGGAGCAGGUGCGUCAAUGGCUAGACAGUUUCGAUACCAUUAUUAGUGAUUGUGAUGGUGUUAUUUGGCUGGGCGAUAAUGUGAUUGAAGGCGUCGCGGAAACUAUGCGCCAACUCAAACGUUUGGGCAAACAAAUUUACCUGUGCACGAAUAAUUCCACGCGUACGCGUCAACAGUUAUACGAGAAAGCGCACAACAUGGGUUUCGACAUUAGCGCCGAUCGUAUUAUAUCCUCGUCCUAUGCCACUGCCGCCUACCUAAAAGCGCGUAACUUCCAGCGCAAAGUAUACGUUAUAGGCACCGCAGGCAUAACGGACGAACUGAAGGCGGUGGGCAUUAAGCACACUGAAGUGGGACCAGAUGUUAUGUCUGGCCGGCUGACGGCAUAUAUACAGUCCGGUUUGCGUAGGGAAACGGAUAUUGGCGCGGUGGUUGUGGGUUUCGAUGUGCACUUCAGUUUUUGUAAAAUGAUUAAGGCUUCAGUGUAUCUGUCGGAUCCAAAGUGUCUAUUUAUCGCUACGAAUACGGAUGAACGCUUCCCAAUAACUGGCAUGGUGAUACCCGAUGCGGGCAGUAUUGUGCGCACCGUGCAGACGUGUACGGCACGCGAACCUAUUGUGAUUGGCAAACCGAAUCGCAGCAUUUGCGAGUGGCUAAUUAAGAAUGGCAGCAUUAAGCCAGCGCGCACGCUUAUGAUCGGCGAUUGUUGUGGCAGUGACAUAGUGCUGGGCCACAAUUGCGGUUUCAAGACGUUGCUUGUCGGCACUGGUGUCAAUCAGCUGAGCGAUGUGCAUAUUUGGCAGAAAUCUAGUGACCCGGAGCACAAAAAACUCAUACCAGAUGUAUAUUUGCCGAGACUUGCUGAUUUGCUGGCGCUUAUUUAAACGCAAUCAUGAGCAAAAUAUGUUUUUAGAAUUAUUAUUAACUUGUUAUAUUAUAUAUAUGUAUUUACUUUUUGCAUGCUUUUAUAUGUAUUAUAUGAAAUUAAUAGGUGACUAUUAGCAGCAUAACCGUAUAAAUAACUGUAAAAAACAUUUUUUAUGAACUAUAUAUGUAUGUAUAUAC